UAUACCCAGCCGUCCUUGGUCCCACAUUGCAUUGGAUUUUGUUACUGGACUUCCCCCCUCCUCUGGAAAAACUGUCAUACUUACUGUAAUAGAUUGUUUUUCUAAGUUUGCUCAUUUUUUGGCCCUACCUAAACUGCCCACUGCCAGGGAGACUGCUGACAUUCUGGUCAAACAUGUGUUCUGCUCUCAUGGUCUACCCUCUGAUAUAGUCUCUGACAGGGGUCCCCAGUUUAUCUCCCAGGUAUGGAAAAGUUUCUGUAAAGCUUUGGGUAUCUCCACCAGUCUGUCGUCUGGCUAUCACCCCCAGACCAACGGGCAAGCCUAGAGAGCUAACCAGGAGAUGGAGACUGCACUCCGCUGUGUAACAGGGUCCAACCCUGGGUCAUGGAGCUCCAUGCUUCCUUGGGUGGAGUAUGCUCAUAACACCUUGACUAACUCUUCCUCUGGUUUGUCUCCCUUUCUGUGUGCUCUUGGCUAUCAACCUCCCCUGUUCCCUUCUCAGGAGAGGGAACUGGCGGUGCCCUCUGUGCAGUCUCACAUGCGCCGCUGUUUCAAGGUCUGGAGGAAAGCUAGGGUAGCUCUGUCACGGGCCUCAUCGUACAUGCAGAGGCAGGCCAACCGUCAUCGUUCCCAGGCCCCUGUUUACUCUCCUGGGCAAGAGGUGUGGCUUAAGUCACGUGAUCUGCCAUUGAAGGUGGAAUCCAAGAAGAUGAAGCCUCGUUUCAUCGGUCCCUUUAAAGUGGUGUCUAUUGUUAACCCCUGUGCGGUGAAGCUACAGCUCCCUGCCUCCCUACGGGUUCAUCCCACUUUUCACGUUUCCCAGAUUAAGCCUGGGUCUGUUAGUCCUCUGUGCCCGCCCUCUCGUUCCCCUCUGCCGCCCAGGGUCGUGGGUGGGGGUCCUGUCUACUCUGUUCGGCGGCUGCUGGACGUUCGCCGUCGGGGCCGUGGGUUGCAAUACCUCGUUGAUUGGGAGGGUUAUGGUCCUGAGGAGCGCUCCUGGAUUCCCCGGAGCUUCAUCGUGGAUCCUGCUCUGGUCCGCGAUUUCCAUCAUCUGCAUUCUGGUUUGCCUGGAGUGAAGUCUGGUGUGCGGGAGUCAGGGUUCCAGCUGCAGCCCAUCUGCACCAAUCACCUCUGCUACAAAUACCUGGUCAAUCUUCCACUCCUCGUCGGAUCACAUAUAUCGGAACCUGACUCCUGCCUCCAUUUCACUCCUGCCCCCCACCACUCCUGCUUGCCAUACUGGACCUCUCAACGGACUCGACACCACCACUUGGACCAUACGGUAUUAUUCCUGCUCAGAACCCGGGACCUGUACACCUCUGUGGACCUGGACUUGUUAUCCCAUUUUUUGUAA